AACUGUAGAUGUAAACAGAGAGAAAAAAAUUUAAUCAUUUUAACCCAAAAGUGGGUUAAUUUGGUUGAUUAGAAUUUGUAAUUGAUUUAAUUUCUGUUGAUUAAUUUUUUCUUUUUCUCUUUCGUAAUUUGAUCAAUACAGUUCCACCUCUUGUCUGGACACCGUUACAACGUGUUGGGUCACCUUUAAACGGAGAAGUCACUUUAAAUUGUAUUGUUGAUGCUUAUCCCAAACCCGAUUGUUAUUGGAUGAAAACAUCGACACGACAAAUUAUUUUGGACAAUUCUAAAUAUUCAACAUCAAUCACAUCUAAUUCAUUCAAGUACGAGGUCACUUUAACCAUAAAGAAUGUCGAUUAUCAAGAUUUUACCAGUUACAGUUGCGUUGGUAAAAACGUACUAAGUGAAGCCUCAGGAACGAUUGUCCUAUUUGAGAUACCACGUCCAUCGACCCAACGGGCAGUUAUUAAUAGUAUAACAAGUCCACCGAGUAAAGAAGUUACAAAAAAUAGAAAAAAUUAUCUUGGUAAUACAAAAAAUUCGCUCAAUUCUGAUUCCAGUGAUAAAGAAAAAUUAAAUUUUGCUUCAUUCAAAACGAAUUCAUACAAAAACGAUAUUCCAUCGGAACAAAUUACAAUGCAAACCGAAGAUGGAGUAACAACUACCGACGAUUUAACAGAAUCAAUGGCAGAUUCAUCAUCUAAAGAAUUAAUUACUUCCUGGUCAAUUGGUUUUCUUAUCGUCUCUCAUUUAAUGAUCACAUUUAAUUAACCAUUAGAAGAAUUUGAUUGUGUUUUCCAUUCCCUUCGAUUAUCACAGUUUCAUCUUCGUCAUCUUGAAUACCCUCUUCUCAUAUUGUGCCCUUUCAAUUUGUUUCUCCUCAAAUUUAAAUUGAAAGACAAUUAACAUGUUUGUAACUAUUAUUACAAUCGAAUCAAGUAAAUUGGCUUAAUCGAUGAAAAUUCUGUGCUAACCGAAGUAUCGUGAGCUUAUAUAUAUUUAAA